AAAGAUCUGUGGGCGGUGAGCGCAGCGAGAUCUCAGGGCCCCUUUCCUUGGAUACCGUCGUCGCCCACGGCGAUGGGAGAAACUAGAGCGUGCAACAGCAAGAUGGCACGGGAAAGAGUACACGACGAAGAAGAGUUCUUAGUGGGUGAGAAGAUGCGAGGGGGGAAGGCCAUGGCGGCACACGUUAGUGUGGGCUGGUGGCUGGUGGUCGCGGCCUGCUUAUCGUGCGCCGCGGCGGAGCGCGUCGGCGACCCGGAAUCGCAGCAGCAGUUGGAGGUGCGGCGGCACCUGAAGCGGUUCAAUAAGACGCCCGUCAAGAGCAUCAAGAGUCCAGAUGGAGACAUCAUAGAUUGUGUGCAUAUCUCUCACCAACCAGCGUUUGAUCAUCCUUUCCUAAAAAAUCACACUAUCCAGAUGAGGCCAAGCUUUCACCCAGAAAAAUUGUUGGAUGAUGGCAAGGCAACAUCACAGAAGGAGGCCAUGGUUCAACAGUGGCAUCAGAAUGGUCGGUGCCCUGAAGACACCAUCCCGAUAAGGAGGACCACUAUGAAUGAUGUGCUAAGGGCUAGUUCAGUCAAAAGAUAUGGGAGGAAGAAGCAUAAAGACAUUCCCAAUCCUCUGUCAUUUGAUCCUAACCUUCUCAAUGAGAAUAAUGGCCAUCAGCAUGCAAUUGCUUAUGCUGAGGGUGAGAAAUACUAUGGAGCAAAAGCAACAAUUAAUGUCUGGCAGCCAAAGGUCCAGGAAUCCAAUGAGUUCAGUCUCUCUCAGCUCUGGAUAUUAGGGGGCUCUUUCGGGGAGGAUCUUAACAGCAUUGAAGUUGGUUGGCAGGUCAGCCCAGAUCUGUAUGGGGACAAUUACACAAGGCUUUUCACUUAUUGGACUAGUGAUGCAUACCAAGCAACCGGCUGCUACAACCUACUGUGUUCUGGUUUCAUUCAAAUAAACAAUGAGAUUGCGAUGGGUGCCAGCAUCUACCCAAUUUCGAACUAUGACGGAUCACAAUACGAUAUAAGCAUACUUGUUUGGAAGGAUCCCAAGGAGGGGCACUGGUGGAUGCAAUUUGGGAGGGACUAUGUGCUCGGCUACUGGCCUUCCUUUCUCUUCUCCUACCUGGCAGACAGUGCGUCAAUGAUCCAAUGGGGAGGGGAGGCUGUGAACUCUGAGCCAGAUGGUGUGCAUACUGCCACAGAGAUGGGGAGUGGGCACUUCGCUGAAGAAGGAUACAGCAAGGCGAGCUACUUCAGGAACAUUCAGAUAGUUGAUGGUUCUAACAAUCUAAGAGCUCCAACAAGGGUCGGAUCCUUCACGGAACAAUCGAAUUGCUACAAUGUGCAGAAUGGGAACAAUGGUGAAUGGGGGCAAUACUUCUACUAUGGAGGACCUGGUAGAAGCUCUACUUGUCCGUAGCCUUUAAGUAUUGUGAUUUGUUAACAUCCAUUGUAGUGUCGUUUCUUGAUUUAGGUUUGUUUUCUUGAGCUGUGUAAAUUUGGAGAGAAGCAGCCAUAUUUCUUAAGAGAAAUAUGGUUUCUGGUAAUGCUUUGAUGGAUCUGCCAUUGGUCCCUACUUUUUUUAGGGUACUUAGGCAAUGGCAGUGUCAAUGGCUGAAUGUUAUCUUGGCUCUGUCAAACGUGUGUUAGAUUUGGUUAUUGAGAUAUGCCUCAAUUUGUUGUCUAACGUUACAUCAGCAUUUCAAUA